UCCUUCUCCUUUCUUUCUUCUAUAUAAAAAUGAAGUCUAUUUUUCGUGCUGCAUCACUUCGCCAAACUUGUUUCGCAAAGUCAACCAGCAGAUUAUUGAAACGAGAUUACUUUGCAUUUUUAAUUAAUAGAAAUUCUGUCCUUAAUAAUUAUUCAACUGAUAAAAAAUCACUAACAACUCAGGCCAACACUAUGGUAGCGAAUCAAACUUUUGACUAUCCCGAAGCUCGCAAGGAUGAUUCCAUUGAAGAAGAUUUUCAUGGAACAAAAGUUAAAGAUGUAUAUCGUUGGUUAGAAGAUCCAGAUGCAAAAGAAACUCAAGCAUAUGUUGAGGCUCAGAAUAAAAUCAGUCAGCCUUUCUUAGAAAAUUGCGAACAAUGGCAAAAGAUCAACAAUAAGUUGACUAAACUUUGGAAUUAUCCAAAAUAUGGAGUUCCAGCUAAGCAUGGAGAUUUUUAUUAUUUUUAUAAAAAUUCCGGACUUCAAAAUCAAAGUGUCCUUUAUCAGCAAGAAACUUUGUCCAGUGAGCCAAAAGUGUUCUUAGACCCAAACGGUCUAUCAGCCGAUGGUACAAUUGCCCUCUCUCAAACUUCCUUCUCAGAUGAUGGUAAAUAUUUUGCUUAUGGUCUAAGUGAGAGUGGUUCGGAUUGGAUAAAAAUUAAGACCCGAGAUGUGGCAACAUCUAAAGAUUUUGAUGAAACACUUGAAAAAGUUAAAUUUUCUUCCAUAACUUGGACUAAAGACAAUAGAGGAUUUUUCUAUGGUCGUUAUCCCGAUCAAGCUGGUAAAACUGAUGGAUCUGAGACACAACAAAAUGAAAAUCAAAAAUUGUACUACCAUCGAAUUGGUGAGCCACAGGAAAAAGAUGUCCUUGUUGUUGAAUUUCCAGAACAACCAUCAUGGAGAAUAGGAGCUGAAGUAUCGGAUUGUGGAAAAUAUGUUCUUCUUAUGAUUGUAAAAGAUUGCCGCGAUAAUAUUGUUUACUAUGCGGACUUGGAAAAAGCUGGCGAAAUAAAAUCAAAAUUGGAAAUUCAUGAAAUUGUUACAAAAUUCGAAUCCGAUUAUGAUUUUAUCACAAAUACUGGUUCAAAAGUUUACUUGCGGACAAACAAAAAUGCACCCAACUAUCGAGUUAUUACAAUUGAUUUGGAAAAUCCAGCUGAGGAGAAUUGGACAACAUUAAUACCUGAACACGAAAAAGAUGUUUUGGAUAGAGUUAUGUGUGUUGAUGGAAAUAAACUUCUACUGGAAUACAUUCGGGAUGUAAAGAGUGUCCUUCAAGCACAUUCCCUUGAAACAGGUGAACUGAUACGUACAUUCAAUAUUGACAUAGGUACAAUUGGAAGUAUUUCUGGCGAAAAGAAAUACUCAGAAAUAUUUUAUUAUUUCACAUCAUUUCUUACGCCUGGCAAAAUCUAUCAAUUCGAUUUUGCCAAACCGAACGAAGAACCAACUCUGUUUCGUGAAAUAACUCUUAAUCUUGAGGGUUUCAAUAGCAAUGACUAUAAAGUCGAACAAGUAUUUUAUCCAAGCAAAGAUGGAACAAAAGUUCCAAUGUUUAUUAUAAGAAAAAAUAAAGACACCGUCACACCACGUCCGUGCCUUCUUUAUGGAUAUGGAGGAUUUAACAUUAGCAUACAACCUUCGUUUGGAAUUGUUGGCUUGAUGUUUAUUGAUUCAUUCGAUGGAGUGCUAGCUUAUCCAAAUAUUCGUGGUGGUGGAGAAUACGGGGAGAAAUGGCAUAAUAGUGGUCGUUUGUUGAACAAACAAAAUGUAUUUGAUGAUUUUCAAGCAUCAGCCGAGUAUUUGAUAAAGAAUAAUUACACUAGCAAAGAUCGUAUUGUAAUUCAGGGUGGUUCGAAUGGAGGUCUGCUAGUUGGAGCUUGUAUUAAUCAACGCCCAGAUUUAUUUGCAGCAGCCGUUGCACAAGUUGGGGUCAUGGAUAUGUUGAGAUUCCAUAAAUUCACAAUUGGACAUGCUUGGUGUUCGGACUAUGGCAACCCAUCUGAGAAGGAACACUUUGACAACCUCUUGAAGUAUUCACCCCUUCACAAUGUCCAUACACCUAAGAACGCAAAUGAAGAAUAUCCUUCAACUUUAAUUCAAACUGCUGAUCACGAUGAUCGUGUUAGUCCAUUGCAUUCGUUGAAAUUUGCUGCUGCUUUACAAGAAGCAGUAAAAAAAUCCGAUAUCCAAAAGAAACCAAUAUUGCUUCGAGUUUACAGUAAGGCAGGUCAUGGGGCUGGAAAACCCACAACAAAACGCAUUGAAGAAGCCACAGAUAUACUGACUUUUAUGUACAAAAGCUUGAACGUUGACACAAUCAACGUGUGAGCUAAAAUAGUUAACAUUUUUAUAAAAAUAUAAAUAAAAUUUAAAUUCAUUAGCAUAGCAUUUCUGCCAUAUUGCAAUAAAAAUAUUUCUUUUUUUUUUAAA